UAGACAUUCAUUAUCAUUCAGUUUCACUUCUGUUUUCGAUUGAGCCGGUUCUGCUGCUGCCGGCUUGCCAUUUGUGCAUCGCAAAAAUGCGAUUACCGCACCGACUUCUUUAUUUCAUCCCAGCAGCCAUUGUCGCAUUGCUGCUCCUUCUCGUCGUAGAUGGCCAUGGCUGCUCGGCUACUGGUGUGGCUGUGGACCCCUCGAACAAGGCCCGCUACGAUCACUUCCGAAUCUACCGGGUACUGCUGGAGAACGAGGAACAGGUCCAGUUGAUGCAACAGCUGGAGAACCGGAGCGAUAGCUAUACCUUCAUGGGUCAUGCCCGGCAUACCAAUCAGAAUCUAACCAUUAUGGUUGCACCGCAAAAGAUUGCCGAAAUGACGGAUUUGAUGGAGCGGUACAAGAUUGGGGGAUCGGUUCUGUUAUACAAUAUCCAAGAUCUGAUCGAUAAAGAGGACUCCACCGUCAUGCCGAAGGAGACCAGCCCGGAACAGUUCGAUUGGCAACACUACUUCCACCUGGAUACAAUCCACAAAUGGCUCGAUUUGCAAGUCUCCAAACAUCCCUCAAUCCUGCAAUCGAUCCCCCUUGAAGUAAGUUACGAAGGAAACCUCCUGAAAGGAGUCAAACUAUCCAAGAAACCUGGCAACACUGCCGUCUUCGUGGAGUGUGGCAUCCACGCCCGCGAAUGGAUUUCACCCGCCGUGUGUACCUACAUACUGAAUGAACUUCUAACGUCCACCAACGCAGACGUCCAGGACCUGGCCGAGAACUUCGAUUGGUUCUUGUUCCCCGUUGUGAACCCCGACGGGUACAAGUACACUUUCGAUGCGGACCGCCUCUGGCGCAAGAACCGCAAACCGUACGGCAUUUGCCGCGGAGUUGACCUAAACCGUAACUUCGAGAGCGACUGGAACGGGAUCGGAGCCAGCUCGGAUCCGUGUGCGUACGACUUUGCCGGAGGAUCCGCCGCCAGCGAGUCGGAGACGCAAGUCCUGCAGAAGUUCCUCAAAGAGAACGCCCAGUCCAGCCGGAUCAAGACGUACUUCUCGAUGCACUCGUUCUCGCAGCUGAUCAUGUUCCCGUACGGAUACACCGCGGAUAAGGUGCAGAACUACGACGAUCUGCAAACGAUCGGGGAGAGGGGAUCGGAAGCAAUUCGACGCACCCACGGGAAGGAGUACCUGUCGGGGGCGAUGAUCGAGACCAUUUAUCCGUCUUCCGGGGAUUCGGUGGACUGGGUUUUCAGCGAGUGUGGCGUUCCGGUGGCGUUUACGUUUGAGCUGCGAGGACCACCGGACAGCACUAAUAUGUUUAUUUUGCCGGCGGAGGAGAUCGUGCCGACUGGGGAGGAAACAUUGGCUGCGUACGUGGCGAUGCUGAAGGCGGCCAGGGAGUUGGGGUACUACGGAAGUGGGGAAACGCAGAAGGGUGAACUAUGAUUGAAUUCAUAUUUGCUUUAGGUAGAUACAUGAAAUAUAUUAUGGCUAUAGAAAUGUUCACAAUCAAGAAAA